AUGACAAGAAGUGGCUGCUGGCCCCAUAGGAUCAUAUUCUCCCUCAUACUUUCAACUUGGGCACAUAUUACUUUUUCAGCACUUAUCAGAUCACAUAACUUUUCUAACUGGCCUAAGCCCCCAUGCAAAAUGUAUUACCCAAUAGACCCUGAUUAUGAAGCAAAUUGUCCAGAUGUGAAAGCUUAUGUUUGUGCUACCAAUGGCUUGACCUACAAGAAUGAGUGCUUCUUUUGCAUUGAUCGGUGGGAGUUUGGACCUCAUAUCGAGUUUGUCAAAUAUGGAAAGUGUGAAUAG